GUUGGUCAAUAGUGCGCAUGCGCAGUGCUGUUGUUGUUGACAGUGGCGGCAAGAUGGCGGCUCUCGGAGAUGCUUCAGGCCCGGGGCUGAACGGGUUAAUUCAACAGUUUACUGCCAUUACUGGAGCCACGGAGAGCGUCGGGAGACACAUGCUGGAGGCGUGUAACAACAACCUGGAGAUGGCCGUCACCAUGUUUCUGGACGGCGGCGGCGUCCCAGAGGAGCCGAGCACCAGCUCCAGUUCAGCCGCAGCUUCAGGGAGCAGAUGCCAUUCAGAAGACGAAGUCCGAGCGCCGAUCCCUCAGAAGCAGGAGAUCCUAGUGGAGCCGGAGCCGCUGUUCGGAGUACCGAAGAGACGGAGACCGGCUCGGUCCAUCUUCGACGGAUUUCGGGAUUUCCAGACUGAAACCAUCAGACAGGAGCAGGAGCUGAGGAACGGAGGAGCGAUGGAUAAAAAGCUGAGCACUCUGGCCGAUCUUUUCCGGCCUCCGAUCGAGCUCAUGCACAAAGGCAGCUUCGAGACGGCGAAGAACUGCGGUCAGUUGGAGAACAAGUGGCUGAUGAUAAACAUCCAGAACGUUCAGGAUUUCUCCUGUCAGUGUUUAAACCGAGACGUGUGGAGUAACGAGGCAGUGAAAGCCAUCAUCAGAGAACACUUCAUCUUCUGGCAGGUUUACCACGACAGUGAGGAAGGUCAGCGCUACAUUCAGUUCUACAAACUCAACAAAUUCCCUUACAUCUCCAUCCUGGAUCCUCGUACAGGUCAGAAGAUGGUGGAGUGGAAUCAGCUGGACGUUUCCUCGUUCCUGGAUCAGGUGACGGGGUUUUUAACGGAACACGGCCAGUUAGACGGACUUUCCAGUCAACCUCCAGCCAAACGCGCUCGCUCUGAGAGUUUGAUUGACGCGAGUGAGGACAGUCAGCUGGAGGCGGCGAUCAGAGCGUCUCUACAGGAAACGCACUACGACUCGAGGCAGGAGAAAGUGGAGUCGGAAAACGACUCGGACGCCGAGGCCUUCUCCGACAGCGAGGGCAUGAUCUCAGUGGACGGUUCAGACAACGAGGGAGGCGGGAAAGACUCCAUAGACGGAAACACGUCGUCAGAACAGGCCACGCCCACUUCCUCAGAUAGCCCCGCCCAGAACAGGAAGUCUCCGCACAAAGAAUCCAACCACAGAAAAGAAGAGAGCAAGAAAAACCACGUGGAGCCGCCGCCGCGGCCGAGCCACAAACCCACAGAGUCACAACAACUACAACAACAACUACAACAACAACAACAACAACAACAACAACUACAACAACUACAACAACGUCAUCACGACCAAAGUCACAAAAUCACAACGUCCCAAAGCACACAGCCUGAAGAUAACGGUCCAAAGGCUCGUCUAAUGCUGAGAUACCCAGACGGUCGGAGGGAACAGAUAGCGUUGUCUGCUAAUGCUAAGCUCAUGGCUCUGGUGAGACACGUCCAGUCGAACGGAUAUCCGAACGAACGCUUCGAACUCGUCACUAACUUCCCACGGAGGAAGCUGGCUCAUUUGGACUAUGACAUCACGCUGCAGGAGGCGGGGCUUUGCCCUCAGGAGACUGUGUUUGUGCAGGAGAGGAACUAACCCCGCCCUCUCUGUUACGUUCGUUUGUCAUACUCGUCCCUCAUCCGUCGUUCUCCACGGAGCCAGAGAGGACCGCGUUCCCUCGAAACGGACCACACGUUCAUAUUUAUUUGUGAAUAUCUCAGCGCAUCCCUGCUCCUUCCGGGUCUUUUCCGGUUUUCCAAACAAUAAUCAUGGAAUAAUUUGGGAUAAGAACUCAGUCAGGUUCAGCCGAUGACUUCGGAUCAGUGAACGAGUGACUUUAAAAGAAAUCAGAUCAUUUAUUUCUGUGAGGAUUUAAACCCCGAACUGUUCGGAAACUGUUUGUGACAUGCCCUUGUCUACUUCCCCUCGGUCGAGUCCCCUUGUGGCCUUCUCAAGUGCUCAAGUGAAGUUCAGCAAAAAAAAUAAACGUGAGCAAUAAAAUACGCCACAAAAUAUCUCACAAUAUACUUUCUAAACAUUUUAUUACUCCAAAUCAUCAUCCACAUGUACGUGACAACGUGUGAAACGUUCUCUGCUAGCUAGUUAGCCUGUUAACUAGCAUGCUAGCUAAUGAGCAAGCAAACCAGCUGGUUACGUUCUGUAGCUAGUUUGCAAGUUAAUCACUUUUUGUACAUAGUUUAAAAAAAAAAACAAUUAAACGCAAAUCCUCACUAAAAGAAACGUCCUGGUU